AUGGUAUCUGCUGUGUCCCUAGUCUAUACCAUGUCUAUACCAUGGUAUCUGUUGUGUUCCAGCUGUAAAGGUGUUCUCUCCCCAGGUCGUGUGUUUCUAUUGGACCAGAGAAACACGUCUGACUCUGGGGGAUUGGCCGAGGCAGAACAUGCGUGUGCUGUCCAUGAUGCCCGGCUUGCGUCGGCCGAGGAGCUGCGUCACGCCGUGGUGGAGUGUUCCUUCUCUGCCUGCACACGAGGAUGGCUGGACGGGGGCUUCGUGGGGACUACAGUGUGCAGUAAUCAGGGCAGUGCUCUGAAGGCAGUGGAUGUGAAGAUAGAGAACGCUACACAGGACAACACACACCUGGAUGUGUUCUGUGUCAAAGACAAAGGUGGACCAUGUGGCGAUCCCCCUGCGUUCCCCAACACGCGUCUCCAGGGCCACACAGGGUUUGAGAUGGGGGACGAGCUGCUGUACUCUUGUCUUCCUGGUCAUGUGAUGCCCAGCGGCCACUCAGCAUUCAGCCUGCUGUGUGACAGCUGUGGAGAGUGGUAUGGACUGGUACAGCUUUGUAGCAAAUACAAGACAGAGACACACAUCGACUAUGAAGAUAAGUUCACUGAUCACGAUCACCACCUCUCCUACGACACCCCUGCAGAGGAGGAGAACACAGAGGAGGAACUGCUAGAGCAGGAGAACACAGAAGAGGAACUGCUAGAGGAGGAGAACACAGAGCAGGAGAACACAGAAGAGGAACUGCUAGAGGAGGAGAACACAGAGCAGGAGAACACAGAAGAGGAACUGCUAAAGCAGGAGAACACAGAGGAGGAACUGCUAGAGGAGGAGAACACAGAGCAGGAGAACACAGAAGAGGAACUGCUAAAGCAGGAGAACACAGAGCAGGAGAACACAGAGGAGGAACUGCUAGAGGAGGAGGUGGACACAGAAGAAGAGGAGCACAGCGAUCAGGAGCAACAAGAGGCCAGCUUCAGUGUGGAGGGAGAAGAGGAGCAGGAGGAGGAGGCAGGAGGAGAGGAGGCGGCAGGAGGAGAGGAGCAGUCUUUGGGAGAGGAGGAACAGCAAGGGGAGGAGGUGGGGGGAGGAAUGGAGGAAGAGGUGGAAGAGUCGACAGACCCUCCCGUUGAGAAGGAGGAGCAGGUGGAGGAGAUGGGCGUGUCAGAGGUGACUGAGGCGCCAGUCUCCCUGAUAUCUCAGAAGCACCUGUUCUGGUUCCCCUCAGAGGCCAUCCAGGAGGCGGGACAUGUGGAACCCACCCACCCGCUAGUCACACAGGACACACACACUGAGGGGGACAACCGUGUCAGGGCCUCCGGCAGCGAAUUAAUGGAGAGCAAGAAAGACGACAGCCAACCGGAGGAGACGAAGGAUUAUGACAGCCAUGAGGGUCACUUCCAACAACCAAUUGACCCCGUUGACCAUGAUGACCAUCACCACGACGACCAUGAUGACCACGAAGAUGACGUUGACCGUGAACAUGACGAUCAACGUGAACGUAACCACUAUGACCACGACGGUCAAACAGAUCCUGGCCACGAUGAAAGCGCUGAGGGUGAAGACCAUGUCGUCGAACGCCUUGACCACAAUGAUCAUGAUGACCAUGAGAACUAUGGCAGUGAAGACGCCCACCGUGAGGCCCAAGGAGAACACGAGGAGGAUGACCAUGAGAAUGCUGGUCGGUACGAUGACGUGGGCGAACACGAGGAGGAUCAAAACCACGGUGCACAUGAUGACCACGAAGACCACGAAGGUCAUGACCGCGGUGAUGUAACCGAUCACCAUGACGACCACGGCCAUGUCCAUGAUCACCUUGAUGAAGACCAGAGUGAACAUGAAGAUGAUCGUAGUGACCCUAACAGUCACGACCAUCACUACGACGACCAUGAUUAUGAUGAGUAUGUGAUCCCGCCCGCCGGCAUGACAACAGGCGAGCCUCAGAACGUAACUCAUGAGGAGACGGGAGCAAAACCCACAGACAGCUCAGACGAGACCUGGUUGGACGGCUACCCUGUUAGUCAGGAGGAGACCGACGCUGAUAAAGUGGGCGGUGGAUCCUCAGAGGAAGGGGUGGAGCUUGAGGAGGAAGAGAAGCGUGUUGUGGUUGUCGGGGUGACUGACCGGACCAAUGAGGUGGAGUUGAGUCGUCCCACCCCGUUCACUGGAGUCCCCCAGGUCCCCCUGUCCCCCACACAGGGGGCGAACCCUGUAGAGCAGGAUCAGGACCAGGGCUUGGUGGGAGGACUCACCCCUACAGCCUCACCCGACCUACCUCUCUCCCCCGAGGCCACGGCUUCAGAUUCACAUUCAGCCGACUACGCCACCCCCUCUCUGACAUCAUCGCUGGAUGACGUUGCCUCCGGCAACACAGCCAGGCAUUCUCCCACAGACUCCUGGGAAACCACGGAUCACGUGCACCCUUUCCUGGAGCACGGCCCCGCCCCCACAGAGUGGACUGAUGACGUCAUCGACGAGGAGGAACGUUCGGCCCAGCACAACCUGACUCGACACAGCGGGGAGAUGGAGGGUGAGGAGGGGGAGAGCGAAGGUGAGACGGGGGAGACAGGGUGUACUGGGGGUGAGGAGGACUGCCCUCCUCCCCCUCCUCCCUCCUCCGGCAGGGGUUCCACGGUUGCAGCCAUUGUGGUUGCCGUGUGCGCGGUUGCCGUGGCAGCCACCAUCGGGGCGUGGUGUUACCGGCGGAAACAGCAGAAGAGCUCGAUGUACGAGAUGAACGGGAAGGGUCAGAGCAGACAUGGACAACAGAUAGAGAUGCAACAGAAAGUCUAAGAUAAAGAGAGAGACAGU